CUCGCCGUGACACCGGGACGCCCAUCGCUAGGUUUUCGUCCCUUCACUGCACCCCGCACGCUGGCCCUGGGCAGCUCCCAAGCUCCCACGCUCCCCCCCGGGCCUUCCAAGCACGCGCAUGCACCAGCUGCAGUCCGCCACACCUUAAUCCCAACAAACCGCCCUCCGAUCAAAACACCGUUCGCCGAUCAAGAAACGAGUCAUGGCCGAAGAUCGAUCCCGUCCCAUCGUCGGCACAGAUCUGAAAGUCGUCGCAGACUACAUCAAAACAGGCAAAGCAAAAGCUAUUCACCUCUUUACCGGCGCCGGAAUCUCCACCUCCUCUGGAAUCCCAGACUUCCGAUCCCCUACGACAGGGCUCUACGCAAACCUCGCCCGCCUGAACCUCCCCUACGCAGAAGCCGUCUUUGAUAUCGAUUUUUUUCGGCAUAACCCCUACCCAUUCUACGAACUCGCUCGCGAACUAUGGCCGGGCCGGUACAAACCCACGACAACACACGCUUUCAUCCGGCUGCUCCAGGAAAAAAAGCUGCUGGGGCGGUGUUGGUCGCAGAAUAUCGAUACGCUGGAGAGGAGGGCUGGGGUUAGUGGUGAGAGGUUGGUGGAGGCACACGGCAGUUUUGCGGGCGCGAGGUGUAUCAACCCGAGGUGCGCGACAACCAUGUCGCAAGAGGAGGUGCGCAAACACGUCUUCGCCGUACCGUCCACGGUGCCGACAUGCCAUAAAUGUGCGAGCUACGUGAAACCCAACAUCACCUUCUUCGGCGAGAACCUACCGGGCGCGUUUUUCGCGUCGCUGCCGAGUCUGGGGGAGGCGGACUUGGCGAUUGUGAUUGGGACGUCGUUGACGGUGUAUCCAUUCGCUGGGUUAGUCAAGAAAGUGCGAUGUCCAAGAGUGUUGAUAAAUAUGCAGUGCGUGGGGGAUUUCGAUGAGGAGGAGGACGUGGUGUGGGAGGGCGCGUGUGAUCAGGGCGUCGAGGAGUUAUGUGCGGAACUGGGGUGGACGAAGGAGCUGCAUGAGAUAUACGACACGUUCACUUUGGACGAAGAAGUCGCCGACAUGGAGCAGAAGGAUGCGAAGGACGAGGUGGAAGAGAUGACGGAGGCUGUGGAGAAGGGGCUCAAGAUUGAUGGGGAGGAGAAUGGAGGUCGGAGGGAUGGGAAGGAGGAGGAUGUACCGGCGUGGAUGAUCUGGCGGAAACCGAAGAUGUAGACGAGGUUUUGCUUGACAAGUGGUUACAGUACACGAUAUUUACCCUAUAGCUAUAGUUCUUUGCGUAGCCGUCUUCUAAGCCCCAACGCAUGGCGCCCUCAC